AUGGUGUCCGCCCCUCGAUUUUCGGCCAUUUCCGGCGCUGGCCAGGCCCACCCAGGCUUCGCCGCUUUGUCCUCCAUCUUGCCGCGCCGCUGCGGCUACAGCACCUACAUCCCGGACAUGUCCGUGGGUCUGUCCGAUGAGCAGAGGGAGAUACAGCAAGUGGCCCUUGACUUUGCCCGCAAGGAGAUGCUGCCGCAUGCCGAGAAGUGGGACGAGGAGGAGAUCUUUCCCGAGGACACCCUCCGCAAGCUCGCUGAACUCGGCUUCGCUGGAAUCUACAUCAAGGACGACAUCGGAGGUAGCGGGCUCUCCCGCCAGGACGCCGCCAUCGUUUUCGAGGCCCUCUCCACGGCGUGCCCAUCGACCACGGCCUACCUGUCGAUCCACAACAUGUGCGCCUGGGUGGUGGACCAGUACGGCAACCAAGAACAGCGCGAGAAGUAUCUGCCGACUCUGCUCUCCAUGGAGAAGUUCGCGUCGUACUGCCUCACGGAGCCGGGAGCCGGCUCGGACGCUGCGGCGCUGAAGACGACGGCGGCCAAGGACGGAAACGACUACGUGCUCAAUGGCGAGAAGGCCUUCAUCAGUGGAGGCGGCGCCAGCGACGUCUACAUCGUCAUGGCUCGCACCGGACAAAGCGGACCCAAGGGCAUCUCGUGCUUCGUUGUGGAUAAGAACACUCCCGGCCUUUCGUUCGGUAAGAAGGAAAAGAAG